UGGCUUCCUUGUCCAAGUGUCCAGAUUAGCAGCCACACCUCCCUCUCCCCCCUGGCCGCUCCACUCUGCGACAUGCACCAGCUCUGCACUUCUGCGGUCUCCACCACCACCCUUCGCUGCACCGUUCCCUUCCAAAACGCCAACGUGCAACGUGCAUCACAGAUACCACUCGCAGUGACGCGGUGGCAGUACCACUGCUGUCUCAUCGUCGCCCACGCCGAGAAAUGGCGUCCCCGCUCCUCUGCCUCCUCCUCUACCUCCUCCGCCACCUCGCAGCCUGCCACGCAAGGGACACCGUCAUACCGGGCCGCCCGCUCGCCGCCAACGAGACGCUGGUCUCGGGGGGCGAUGGCAACUUCGCGCUCGGCUUCUUCACCCCGCCGGGCGCCAACAGCACCUACGUCGGCGUUUGGUACAACAAGGUCUCCGUCCGCACGGUCGUGUGGGUCGCCAACCGCGAGGCCCCGAUCGCGGGCGCCAUCGCGGACAACCCCGGCGUCACGCUCUCGGUCUCCGCCAACGGCACACUCGCCAUUGCCGCGGGCAACUCGACCGUCGUGUGGUCGGUGGCGCCGGCGGCGAAGCUGGCGAGCCCGACCGCGCAGAUCCUGGACAAUGGCAACCUGGUGCUUGCGGACGCCGGCGGCACCGUGGAGUGGGAGGGGUUCGACUACCCGACCGACACGCUGCUCCCCGAGAUGAAGCUGGGGAUCGACUACGUGAAAAAAAGGAACAGGACCCUGACGGCGUGGAAGGGCCCCUCAGACCCCUCGCCGGGCCCCGUCGUAAUGGGCAUGGACACCUCCGGCGACCCCCAGGUCUUCAUCUGGGACGGCCCCGACAAAGUCUGGCGCUCCGGCCCCUGGGACGGCGUCCAGUUUACCGGCGUGCCGGACACCGCCACCUACUCCGGCUUCUCCUUCAGCUUCAUCAACAACGCGCAGGAAGUCACGUACAGCUUCCAGGUGCACAACGUGUCGAUCAUAUCGCGGCUGGGUCUGAACAGCACGGGGAACUACGGACUGCUGCAGCGGUCGACGUGGGUGGAGGCGGCGGGGGCAUGGAACCUGUACUGGUACGCGCCCAAGGACCAGUGCGACGCGGUGUCGCCGUGCGGGCCCAACGGCGUGUGCGACACCAACAACCUGCCCGUCUGCUCCUGCCUCCGCGGCUUCACCCCCAAGACGCCCGCCGCGUGGGCGCUGCGGGACGGCCGGGACGGGUGCGUGCGGUCGACGCCUCUCGACUGCCGGAACGGCACGGACGGGUUCGUCACGGUGAGGCACGCCAAGGUGCCCGACACGGAGCGGAGCGUGGUGGACAUGUCGCUCACCCUGGCGCAGUGCCGCCAGGCGUGCCUCCGGAACUGCUCCUGCACGGCGUACGCGAGCGCCAACGUCAGCGGCGGCGCCGGCACGGGCUGCGUCAUGUGGACCACGGGGCUUACUGACCUGCGCGUGUACCCGGACUUCGGCCAGGACCUCUACGUCCGCCUCGCCGCCGCCGAUCUCGAAUUAACAAGCAAAUCAAGGAAGGCCCGCAUAAUACUCGCAGUUGGCGCCAGCAUCUCCGCGCUGGCAUUUCUUCUAGUAGUCGCUGGCCUCCUCAUUUGGGCAAGAAGGAAAAAGAUAACAAGAACAUACGGGUCAAGUAAAUGGAGUGGUUCACGCAGUACUGGUCAUCGCUACGAGGGAAGUAGUCAGGGUGAUGACCUGGAACUACCAAUAUUUGAUCUGGGGACAAUUGCAGCUGCUACUGAUGGUUUCUCAAUCAACAACAAGCUUGGCGAGGGUGGCUUUGGACCAGUAUAUAAGGGUAAACUCGAGGAUGGACAAGAAAUCGCUGUUAAAACACUUUCAAAAACAUCUGCACAAGGCCUUGAUGAGUUCAAGAAUGAGGUUGUGUUGAUAGCUAAACUCCAGCAUCGGAAUCUUGUUCGGCUUCUUGGCUGCAGCAUUAGUGGACAAGAAAGGAUGCUUGUUUAUGAAUACAUGGCAAACAAGAGCCUGGACUAUUUCCUAUUUGAAAAGCCCGAUGUUAUCCUUGAUUGGCAAGUCCGGUACCGUAUAAUAGAAGGCAUUACUCGAGGUUUACUGUACCUCCACCAGGACUCGAGAUACAGAAUCAUCCAUAGAGAUUUGAAAGCAGCUAAUGUUCUUCUAGACAAGGAGAUGACUCCAAAAAUUUCCGACUUCGGCAUGGCAAGAAUGUUUGGAAGUGAAGACACGGAAAUCAAUACCCGAAAAGUGGUUGGCACAUAUGGCUAUAUGUCUCCGGAGUAUGCAAUGGAUGGAGUCUUCUCAGUCAAGUCAGAUGUAUUCAGUUAUGGAGUAUUAUUGCUGGAAAUUGUUAGUGGUAGGAGAAACAGAGGAGUAUAUUCCUAUUCGAACCACCAAAACCUUUUAGGCCAUGCAUGGAGCUUAUGGAGCGAGGGGAAGAACUUAGAGUUAGCAGAUGAAACAAUGAAUGGAUCAUUCAACUCAGAUGAAGUACUCAAAUGCAUCAUAGUCGGACUCCUGUGUGUGCAAGAGAACCCAGAUGAUCGUCCGUUGAUGUCUCAGGUGCUUUUGAUGUUAGCUACUCCCGAUGCUGCCUCAUUGCCGACUCCUAAGCAGCCUGGCUUUGCAGCUAGGAGAGUUCUAAUGGAAACAGACACAUCGUCAACCAAGCCAGACUGCAGCAUAUUUGACAGUGCAACAAAUACUAUGUUUGAGGGUCGAUAGCAGUUAAGUUACUUAUCGAACCUGCUGGAGCAAUGUGUGUUACAGAAUAACAUUGGUGGUUUCUUCAUUAUCUCGUAUAAUUGAGCAACAGAAAAUCGUAUGCUCAUUAAAUAAGAAUAAUUCCUCCCAUGCCAUUACAAAAAUUCAAAUUCCGAGCAGCUCAAAACAUGGUUGCUUCAAUUCAGCACAAUUAAGUUGGUACUAAUCACUGACAAGUGACAAACAAUUGCAGAAAUUUAAGGAAGUGUUAUAUUUGCUAAUAUUUCAAGGCACUUCAUAGCAGUUUACUGGAGGCCUCAACUCCUUGUGACUUCUCAAAAUUAAUUAACCAGAAAGUAAGAGAUUGAAAUUGAGGAUUUUUUUCCAAUAGUAUAUUCCUUAUAGCUUUUGUUAUUUCCAAGAG